AUAAACUUUUAAAUAUUUAUUAUUUAUUAUAAAUAUAUCUGCUGCAGGCAGAUGGCCUGUUUCUGUGACAACCGGGAGGAAUUCUAUGGAGAAGUCCUCCUAUUGGAUGAGACGAUAUUCCCACUGACGGCAGAGCAAGGCAUAAAGAAAUCCUCAAAGGCGGCGGCCAUUUUGAAGCAGGUAUUUUCACACCUGAACGUGGUCCAGGUCAACUAGUUUGGUCUGAGAUUCUGUGACGACAAACAGCAAACGAACUGGUUGGAUACUUCAAAGACGCUUUCACAGCAUCGCAGCCUCCUUGGGCCUCCUUACAUUUUUUACUUUGGUGUGAAAUUUUACGCUGAGGAUCCGACGAAGCUCGAGGAUGAAAAAACACGGCAUCAGUUUUACCUGCAGCUUCGACAGGACAUCCACCGAGGUCGCCUGCUUUGCCCCGCCCACCUCAGACCGUGCCUCUUUGCUCUGAUGAUGCAGGUGGAGCGAGGUGAUUCCAGCGCCACAGAAAUGUUGGACCAAGACAUGAACCGGGAAACGCUGAACAUCUACAGAUCACUGAGCGGCUUCUCUCGCCCUCAGGCUCUGAAUCUCUUCCUGUCUCUGUGCAGCUCUCUGCAGAUGUAUGGAGUCUCUCUGUUCAACGACUACGAACUAUGA